AUGAGCAACAUACUUAUAAAUCAGCAAAGACCAAAGAGAAAUAAGCGUCAAGACUCGGUUAAGCAAGUAGAUUGGAUAGAUACAGAUGCAUCGGAAGACGAGGAUUUUCUACCUCAAUUUCCAUAUCAGCCGCCUUUUCCUGCUGCCCUUUCUAUCAAGGAUUACUUUUUAAAGCGGCCUUAUUCAAUAAGCGGUAGUAGUAUCAGUGAAAGUGACAGUAGCAGCUUAGGGGACGAGGAAGAAGUAGUAGACGAGGAAAACACUUAUAACGACAAUUUCAGACUUGCUGAUGGUUACAAUGAUGAUACUCUGGUUUUAGAAGAAGAGGAAUACUUGAUAGCAACGAGCAAUAGUAGCCAAAAAGAACAAAGAAACAGGGCCAGAAGCAGCAGUCAUAUUGGUAUCGGGAGAAGGAACACUGACAGUAAUGAUAAUGACAUUGCACCUGGAUCAGUUCGCAUAAAUUCCUCAAGCUGGGAUAUAAAUACCAGGGAAACUUUUCGACGAAAAUUGGGAAUAUCCAAUGAUACACCUUUCGAUAAAGUACGUCGAGCUAUUGACGCAACAAUUGAUAAUGGUGUAGAGCUAGUGGAUAUGAGUAACUUGGGUCUAACUGAAAUACCUGAUGAAGUAAAAGAACUUGAAUAUGUAACAGUUGUUCAAAACGAUAAAGUGAGACCAGCCUCAUUACAGAUUUAUCUUUACAGUAAUGAGCUUUCAAGAAUCAACCCAACAUUAUUCAAGCUAAAGAAUAUAACUGUAUUAAGCCUUCGAAAUAACAAGUUGGACUACUUACCGUCUGAUAUUGCCCUGCUUGAAAAUCUGGUCGAACUUUCAUUGGGCAACAACCAAUUGAAAUACCUACCCUCAGAAGUAUUGCAUCUAAAAAAGUUAGCCAUUUUAUUAUUAUCACCUAAUCCAUUUUUACCUGUACCUGAACCAUCCGAGGAUCAACCUUCUAUUACAAGCACUACAAUGAUCAGAAGAAGCAGAAUUAAAGCAUCCUUUGCAACUUUAUUUGAAACAAGUACAAGAGUUUUACUCAAUGAAAUCAAUACUAACAACGCCCUUUUCGCAACAUCAUCACCCUUCGCUCAAAUUAUACCCAACGAUAUUUUGAAUCGUAUUCAAUCUGUACUUGCAACAACCAAUCAUGCUUGUGAACAUUGUAAAAAGUCUUUUCUUAAAUCUGAUAUAGAGGAGAUGGUUUGGCAGUCUAUACUUGGUAAUUCCUUUAUACCUGUGCUAUAUCGAUUCUGUUCUUUGAACUGCUGUCAACAAUAUCCAUUCCCUACAAACCCGCCUGUCAAUCCUGACGCCGUGAAUGAUGUGUAGCAUUAUUUCUUUAAUAUCUUUUUUUUCGAAAUACCUUUGAAUAUACCUUACAUUGCUCUUUUUAUGUUUAUUCGAUCUUACAACUACAUUACUUGUCGAUGUCUUUCUUCGUUUUUAUAGACACAACACUGCUACAAUUAAGGUUUAAGGAUGUUUCAUUGAUUUCUGUUCAAAUCAUUUUGCUCUUAAAUAUACUGUAUGCAGAAUGUACUCAGGUGGAGUCGAAAUGAACGGUUUUUAUCAUGACUUUUGGUUCUAGUGUGCCUAAAAGACAUUGAUUUGUUUUAAACGGCACUGAUCCGUAGAAAAACUGAAUGUGCACUAUUGCUGCUGCGAUAAGGAGCUCCUUUGCGAUGGUUAUUCCAGUCAAAAUCUGAUUUACGCAAGUUACUUGGAACUAUUUCCAAUCGUAUUUACUUGCGCUUUCUACAACAUUAUCUGCAUAUUCUGUUCCACUGUUCAGUGUUCUAAGUUUAAAAC